AAAUGUUUCAAACUUUAUAAAAAUUAAGGGUGAUAUGUUUUAUGUUUGCAACAACAGCCGAACGUAAAGUUCCACCUCUACCUUCUGAUCUUCCAUUCACUCUAAAUAAUCUUUGGGAUAAUCCUGGAGCUAGAAAAAUAUAAAAGAGAUGGGGAAGAAGUGGUACAAGAGGAAAUGCUUGUGGUCGAGGAUAAAGAGGAUAAGGAGCACGUUCAGGUGCAGGAGUACCACCUAAAUUUGAAGGAGGUUAAACACCUUUAACUAGAAGAUUACCUAAAUGGGGAGCUAAACCUAGGUAUUCAAUUAUUAUUCAAUCUUUUUAUAGUUUAGAAAUUUAUAGAGAAGUCAAUAUUUGCCAAAUUGUUGAUAGAAUUAAAUAAGGAAGAAUUGAUGCUACUUAACCUAUCUAAAUUAGAGACAUGCUAGAAUCAAGAAUUUUUAGUAAAUGCAAAUAUGGUGUUAAAUUAUUGGCGAGAGGUGCUGAAAGAUUGGCUGAAUUAAAUACUCCUUUAACUAUUGAAGUCUCAGAUGCUUCUAAAACUGCUAUUGAAGCUAUCAAAAAUGCUGGAGGUCAAGUUAAAGUUGUUUAUUUUACACCUCUUCUUUUAAGAUAACAUAUGUUCCCAGAUAAAUAUCCAUUAGAAUUAAGAUAAGCUCUUCCACCAUCAAGAGCUGUAGAAGCCAUCUAAAGAACAGAGGAAAGAGGAGCUGUGUCAAAUUAUAUUAAACCAAAAUGGGUAAUCGAAGAGGAAGUUGAAAAAUAGAAAUUAGAAGAAUUAGCUAAAUUAGAAGUUGAUACUCUGAAAGUUUAAUUAAAAGUUGCAGAAACUGUUGAAACUGCUAAGAAAGAAAAAAAGAAGAAGGUUUUUCAUUUAUAUUAAUAUAAUUUAGAAACAAAAAUAAUAAGAAGAAAAACAAGUAAGUACAUUAGAUUUAACCAACUUUAAAUAUCCAGCAGUUAUUGAACCUGGAUGUGGUAAAGAUAAAAUCAGAUAGCGUAAACCAGUAGUAUAUAAAAAGAUAUCUUUAAACAUAGACUGAGUUAUUCAAAAUAUAUAA